GGCGACGGCGGCUUCUCCCCUCAGCGGCCGUUGAGCCUCCGCCUCGCCAUGGGCCGCCUCGCCCGGCUGCUGCUGGCUGCCCUGGCCGUGGCGCUGGCCCGGCCCGCCCGAGGCACCGUCUACUUCCGGGAGCAGUUCCUGGACGGAGGUGGAGGAGGCAGAGACGGGGCCUCCCCCUUGACACGUGUCUGGGGGUCCAUUCACACGUGCACUCGCGAGUCCAGCAUCUUCCGGCCUUUUCCCAGGCUCUGCUUGGAGGGAAGAGGAAGCCUGGCGCGGCGGGGGCGGUGUUCUUCCCCUUGACACGCAUCUGGCGGCCCGUUCACACGUGCACUCGAGAGCUCGGCCCCUUCCGGCCUUUCCCCUUGGAGGGAGAAGUCGAGCGGGGGUGUGGUUCUCCCCCCCUUAACACUCGUCUGGGGGCCCGUUCACACGUGCACUUGCGAGUCCAGCAUCUUCCGGCCUUUUUCCCAGGCUCUGCUUGGAAGAAGGAGGAAGCCUGGUGCGGCGAGGGCCGUGUUCUCCCCCUUGACACUCGUCUGGAGCCCCAUUCACAUGUGCACUCGAGUUCAGCUCCUUCUGUCCUUUCCCCCAGGAUCAGGGAGGAGGAAGCCUGGUGCCAGGCGCUGCACAAAAACGAAAGGGGCCUUCAAACAACCCAUUUGGAGAUUAGAAAAGAUAGAAAGGGCACUAAAACUGUGUUUCUUUAAAAUCUACCAAAAUUGGAAAACAACAGCGACACCAUUUAUUUAAUUUAAUUAACUUUAAUUAUAACCCGCUCCUUUCCUCCAAGGGAGCCAAGGUUUGCCUGCCCAGUUCUUGUACACCCCCAUUUUAUCCUCACGACACCCCUUUGUGGUAGGCUGAGAGUCCCCCCGGCUCCCUGUAACUUGACCCCUCAUAAUUAAUUAUUAUCAUUCUUUAUUACUUAUACCCUGCCCAUCUGGCUGGGUUUCCCCAGCCACUCUGGGCAGCUCCCAGCAUAACAUUAUUAUUAAUAAUAACACCAGUGUGUUGUGCAAUCAAUACACAAAUACAGACGUACAGGUACACAGUUUGAGUGCAUUGCAUGAGCACCCGGGUGUGUUUCGCUUGUUGGCUUCCUGACGUGUGUUGCUGAACAAUUCGCCUUUCGGUGGGGUGGGGCUUGCGUUUUCCCAAGGGUUUUAAGGCUUUACUUGCGUUUCCACCUGCCGUGACGAGUCUCCCCUUCUCUCUGUCAACAGCAAAAUGGAAAGAGAGGUGGGUUCUCUCCCAGCACAAAUCUAACUAUGGGAAGUUCCGGCUGACGGCCGGGAGCUUUUACGGAGAUCGCGAAACGGACAAAGGUUUGGGAACGUCCUCCAAGGACGCAUUAGCAACACGACAUCAGCUUUGACUUAUUCCUGCUGUUAAGCUUUUUAAAGGCGAGGGCCACAUUAGCUUCUAAGCCAUUUUCCAGGGGCCACAUACCUGUGUGGGGUUGGACCAGAGGCAAACGUGGGGUGGGGCAGUUACUGUUAGUUUUAUUGUUUUUAAUUUGGUUUGUUUCUACAUACACCAGGCAUAGGCGAACUCGGCCCUCCGGAUGUUUUUUGGGACUACAACUCCCAUGAUCCAUAGCUAACAGGACCCAUGGUCAGGGAUGAUGGGAAUUGUAGUCCCAAAACAUAUGCUGGAACAUUUCUCUUUAUUCUGCGCACAAAUUUGUUUCAAGAAUGCGGCUUCAAAUCUUAGAUAACUGACGAUAAGCGUGUUCUCCAUUUUCAUUAUAGUCCCCACAAAAUCAGAGCUGUGCUCAUUGGGAAGAGGGAAUAAAGUACAGUGGAAUCUCGGUUUUCAAACGUAAUCCGUUCUGGAAGUCCGUUCGACUUCUGAAACUUUCAAAAACCAAGGAUCAAAGGGCGGGCUUCAAAAUCAAUUGGGGGGGGAAUGAAAAACACGCCUUCAAAAUCCGUUUGACUUCCGAGGCGCGUUUGAAAACUGAAGCAUUCACUUCUGGGUUUCCGGCGUUUGGCUUCCAAAACGUUCAGCAGCUGAAACGUUGGGAAACCGAGGUUUGACUGUACUGGUAAGGCUUCACAUUUAUCGCCUGUGGGUCUGAGACGUUGCCUCGUGCAUUGCAGGACUGCAGACGACGGAAAACGUCAGGUUUUAUGCCAUUUCGUCGCGGUUCAAGCCCUUCAGCAACAGGGGAAAGCCCUUGGUCAUUCAGUACACGGUCAAGCACGAGCAGAAGAUGGACUGCGGUGGCGGAUAUGUGAAAAUCUUCCCCUCCGACCUGGACCAGAAGAAUAUGAGCGGGGAAUCCUUGUAUUAUGUCAUGUUCGGUGAGAUGGCUGGGGUGUUCUAAAAAAACCGAACCAGAUAAAAAUGGCACUGGGUGUCAAUUUGAUCUCAAGCCUGUCCCGAAUUUCUGCCCCCCCCAUACCAUAUUUUUCGCUCUAUAAGGCGCACCAGACCAUAAGACGCACCUAGUUUUUGGAGGAGGAAAACAAGGAAAAAAAUAUUCUGAAUCUCAGAAGCCAGAACAACAAGAGGGAUCGCUGCACAGUGAAAGCAGCAAUCCCUCUUGCUGUUCUGGCUUCUGGGAUAGCUGCGCAGCCUGCAUUCGCUCCAUAAGACGCACACACAUUUCCCCUUACUUUUUAGGAGGGGAAAAGUGAGUCUUAUACAGCAAAAAAUACGGUAUAUUCAAAACCUCUCAAGAGCCCCUUCGCAUUCUGUGGUUUCAUUAGGGAUACCCCCCUCCCCACUUUUGCAAAGCUGCUGUAACCUGCUGCGUUUGGGCGUAGGUGCUAGGAACGGCUAGAAAACUGUUCCUUAAGCUACCCAGCAUCUUAUCCGAUGUGUUUUGGGAGUGGAGCCAGUUUCUGAAAGCUUAAAGUAGCGCACGAGAGGCAAAACCCAACUCUUUCUCUUUUAAGGGCCUGACAUCUGCGGCUCCGACAUCAAGAAGGUCCACGUCAUUUUAAACCACAAGAACAAACUCUAUCCCAUUAAGAGGCAGAUCCGCUGCAAAGUAAGUGCAGGAAGCGUUUUUGAGUUCCGUUUUGAAAUAUCCUUCUUGGCAGUCAGCUGGGGUGCGGCUUGUGGAGAACGGGGGCAUGUCCUUGGAAGGGUGAUAGGGAGCCCUGAGAGGAAAGUGGCGUUGUGGCUACCUUUCGCUGCCCCUCACUUAUCCCUGCCUUGUACCUGAAGAACAGCCUUUCCUAUGGCAGGGAAAAGGGCAGCUUCUCAUAUGUUUGCAGCUCUGCAAACUGUUUUGAGCUUCCAGAACUAGCUAGGACCCCCAAAAUCCUUACCCACACAUAUGAUAGUCUCCUGAGAAAUACUUACUGUAUCUGCGUGUACAUACCUCCAGUAAAGUCUUCUGGGGAACUGAGAUCAUAUUGGGGAAAACUUGACCAACUACUCAAAAGUAUAGACUCUCUGUCACCCAACCCUUGCCUUGUCUUGGGAGGUGACUUCAAUGCCCGGAUCAGCCUUGUUUCCCCACAAAAUACUAUAUUAUCUGGACUAAACUUGGAGGACGAACCUGAAAUCAGAGGACAGCAAUGGACACCACCUCUAACCGCGCUGGGAAAUAUCUUUGUGAACUUAGAAUUAAGCAUAACCUUUUGUUAUGCAAUGGGCACGGUCAAGGGGAACAAGAGGGUUACUUAUUUUUUACAUAUGAGCACACAUGACCCUUGUUGGGUCCAGAGAGUUCAUUAACAAUAACAAUAAUAAUUUAUUAUUUAUACCCUGCCCACCUGGCUGGGUUUCCCCAGCCACUCCGGGCGGCUCCCAACCAAAUAUUAAAAACACAAUACAGCAUUAAACAUUAAAACCUUCCCUAAAUAGGGCUGCCUUCAAAUGUCAAACAGCGACAAUUUGUUGUUGACAAAGGACAGCUGGACAUAGAAAGGGCCCCAUUACCUUCAGGAGCUGAGGGCCUACACAGCUGGAAUGCGACGUCAACGGUGAUAGAAAACCAUGUUUCUCUUCCCCUGUGGUUUGGGUUCAGGUGGAUGGAUUCACUCACCUGUACACGCUGGUUCUAAGACCCGACCUCACGUACGAAGUGAAAAUCGAUAACAAGAGGGUAGCGUCCGGCGACUUGGAAGACGACUGGGAUUUCUUGCCCCCGCGGAAGAUAAACGACCCGACGGUGAGGAAGCCGGAGGACUGGGAUGACGUUGCCGAAAUGGACGACCCAGAGGACACCAAGCCGGAGGUGAUUAUUACUGCCUUGCUCUGGUGUGGGUGAGCCGUGCCCUAGAGCUGCUGGUUAUAAGGCCUCAGAAGCAGGAAGCCCAGAGAGCCCACCCCAGGCAGAACAGGUGUGUCUUUCCAGUCUCUGAUCCCCCUUUGGGCUGAAGGUGGAGGCAGACGAGGAGCUGGGCCUCUCAAUCCUCCCCUUUGUCAUCUGCUAGCAUUUCAGUCACCUUAAUGAACAGCUGAGUCGCAUCCCUUGUGGCUUUCCCUGAGACCUGGGCAGUGUUUGCUAAUUUUGCUUAUUUUCUCUCCCCUGCUCCACUCUCUUUCUCCCUCUGCAAAAGGACUGGGACGUCCCCGAGUACAUUGUAGACAACAGCGCAGAGAAACCCAAGGACUGGGAUGCCGUGGCGCAAGGCCCCUGGGAGCCCCCCCAGCUCAAGAAUCCACUUUACCGGGUAGGGCAGCUCCUUUUCCAGUCACUGGGGGGCCCUUGGAGAUGGAAGCUGGGUGGCUCUUUGCAAUUGUCUAGCUGUUGGUUUAGCUUUUAAACUCGCUUUCUGCAUAACUGCCUUUCGUUUCUAAAUCGCAAUUGUUUCCGCUGCUCCGCAAGUCGUUUUGAGCGGCCUCAUAAGUGAAAUUAAAUUGCGAAAAGAAAUGGCUAGCUUGGUCCACGAGCGCUGAGGCCCUCUAAUAAUAAUAAUGAUGAUGAUGAUAAUUAAUAAUUAAUAAUAAUUUAUUUAUUUAUACCCCACCCAUCUGGCUGGGUUUCCCCAGCCACUCUGGGCGGCUUUCAACAGAGCAUUAAGAACAGAAUAAAACUUCAAACAUUAAAAGCUUCCCUAAACAGGGCUGCCUUCAGAUGUCUUCUAAAAGUCAGAUAGUUGUUUAUUUCCUUGACAUCUGACGGGAGGGCGUUCCACAGGGCGGGCGCCACCACCGGGAAGGCCCUCUGCCUGGUUCCCCAUAACUUCACUUCUCUCAGGGAGGGAACCGCCAGAAGGCCCUUGGGAGCUGGACCCUGGUGUCCGGGCUGGACGAUGGGGUUCUCUAACACCCUGUGGCUUCUUCCAGGGGGAAUGGCAGCCCCGGAAGAUCCCCAACCCCAGGUUCAAAGGCAUCUGGCCUCACCCGCAAAUCGCUAAUCCGGAGUACCUGCCGGACACCACCAUUUCCAUCUACGAGAACAUCAGUGUCAUCGGCUUGGACCUGUGGCAGGUCAGUGGGGUUUCCCGUUUUCUGUUCCCCACAAAGGCCAGUGAGGGGAGACUAGCGUCCAGCUCCUUCACAGCCCCUCUCCCUCCUUUGCCCCAGAGGUCAUCUGCAGUGGGCUCUGCGGCCCGGAAGGGCUGGAGAGCCAGGAUGAGGGCAGGGCAGGCUGCCAGGGCAACCCCACAGUAGAACGUGGUUUUUUGUUCUGGUGGCCUUUCGAAACGGGGCAUGAACGUCCCAAAUAAAUGGGAAUCUUUGGCUGGGAGCAAGGUGUGCAGCGUCUAACAAGGCACACUCUCUUGUAGGUGCGAUCAGGAACCAUUUUCGACAACUUCUUGAUCACGGAUGACGAAGGAUACGCGGAAGAAUUUGGGGACGAGACCUGGGGAGAAACAAAGGUAUCAGAGGUCCUGCCUGACCCAGCAGGGCCCAGGGGAAAGGGGGGCAGCUUCCUCUCCUGGGUUUAUUUACAUCUAUCUCUGGGCAUCACUCGCUCUCUGAGACGGGUCGCUGGCCCUGGUGUGGCCACCAGUUGCCCCAGCCUCUCUGGUCCCUGACUGGGGGCUUCCCUGCCUCCUGAAAUGAGGCCCUUUCCAGCUCAGUGGAGACUAGAGGGCCGUGUUUGGAGGGCUUGGGCCGGCCGGUUCCCCCAGGUGCCCAAUUCCCUCCAGGUGAGGUGGGCAGCGGAGAGGAUUCUCCCUCGGACUUGUUUGCUGGGCGGAAAACUCUGCGGGUUUUGAUCCGCAAUCCCCUUCCAGGAGCCCGAGGAGAAAAUGAGUAAGCAACAGAUCGAGGAGGAGAAGCAGCGGGAGCGAAGGGAAGCCGAGGAGGAGGCCAAAAAGAAGAAGAAGAAGAAAAAGAAGGAGAAGAAGAAGAAGAAGGAGAAAAAGAAGAAGAGGGAAACCGUCCCAGAGACAAGGAUUGUGGCACAGAAGGAGGAGCUCUGAAUCUCCUUCUCAAACCUGGACUGGGAAAUUUGGGGCUGGGGGAGGAAGGGGCAAGGAAGGGUUGUAUUUAUUUUUACGCUGUUCAAAUGUUCCUGGAAAAGCGAAGAGAGGGGUGCACAGAGAGAGAGAAGGAGGGGGGGCCUUUUCAGUGAACUUAGCUCUGGAAAAGUUCAAUAAACAGGCAAAGUUCCUCUGCCCCGUUC